AUGAGUAGUGCAUAUAAGGUGGUAACUGUGAGCACGAAACCUUAUGAGGGGCAGAAACCAGGUACCAGUGGUUUGCGUAAAAAGGUUCCAGAAUUUCAGCAAAAUAAUUACACGGAAAAUUUUAUACAAUGUAUUUUGGACGCGGUUUUAAAUGAUCAAAAGAAAAAUGCUACAAUGGUUGUUGGCGGAGAUGGGAGAUAUUUAUGUUCUGAAACAGUCAAUAUUAUCAUUCAGAUCGCUGCAGCUAAUGGGUUACGCAAGCUUAUCGUUGGUCAAAAUGGAUUUUUAAGUACUCCCGCUGUUUCAUGUUUAAUCAGAAAACACGACAGUUUGAUUUGUGGCGGGAUCAUUUUAACUGCCAGUCAUAAUCCUGGUGGUCCUAAAGCAGAUUUUGGAAUAAAAUUAAAUUGUGAAAAUGGUGGUCCAGCACCAGAAAAAGUGACAGAAUCUAUUUAUCAAAUGAGCAAAGUGAUAUCUAAAUAUUAUAUUUGCCAUGAUUUGCAUGCUGAUUUUACUAAAAUCGGGAAAACUGAUUAUAUUAUUGAUGGUUAUGGCACAUUCACGGUUGAUGUUGUUGAUUCUGUAAAAGAUUACGUCCAGUUAAUGGAACAAGUAUUCGAUUUUUCGAAGAUAAAACAUUUGCUUGAUGGUAAAACGAUGGGUCAAUUCAAUAUUUUGAUCGAUAGUUUGUAUGGUGCUACAGGACCGUAUGUACACAAUAUUCUAGUCGAAAAGCUGGGUGUGAACUCAAAAUUUUUGUGUCACGCAACUCCAAAGUCUGAUUUUGGUGGUGGUCAUCCAGAUCCUAAUUUGACUUAUGCAAAGCAUUUGCUUGACAUGAUGAAAAAAGGCGAACAUGAUUUUGGUGCUGCAUUUGAUGGCGAUGGAGACCGAAAUAUGAUUCUUGGUAAAGACGGUUUUUUUGUUACUCCGAGUGACUCACUUGCAGUGAUUGCUGCUAAUAUGCGCUGCAUUCCGUAUUUUCAACAACAUGGAAUCAAAGGGUAUGCACGAAGUAUGCCAACCGCAGGAGCAGUGGAUCAGGUAGCUAAAGAAACUGGUCUGCCGUUAUAUGAAACUCCUACUGGGUGGAAAUUUUUCGGGAAUCUUAUGGAUGCUAAUAAAUUGUCACUGUGCGGAGAAGAGUCGUUUGGUACGGGCUCGGAUCAUAUUAGGGAAAAAGACGGCAUUUGGGCGAUGCUCGCGUGGUUACAGAUUGUGCAUAGUAAAAAGAUGUCAGUUGAAAGCAUUGUUAAAGAACAUUGGUCAAAGUAUGGUCGCAAUGUUUUCACGCGUUAUGAUUACGAAAAUUGUGAUACAUCAGGAGCAAAUCUUAUGAUGACUUUUAUUGAGUCUCAAAUGCCAGCAUUCAUUGACCAGAAGUUUACUGCUAAUGAAAGGACUUUCAUCGUCAAACAUGCCGAUAAUUUUGCAUAUACUGACCCUGUGGACGCCUUUUCAUUUUUCGUUAAAAAAAUAUCGAUUAUAACGGGACUACGUAUCAUUUUUUAUGAUGUAUUUCGUUUAAGUGGCACUGAUUCUUGUGGUGCAACAAUUCGACUUUACGUUGAUUCUUUUAUCGAUUCAUCUGAUAAGAGUCGAUUAUUUGAGAGUUCAGAGAAAUUGCUAAAGCCUCUAAUUCUAGUGGCUCUUCAACUCAGUAAAUUGGAACAUUUUACUGGACGUAGCGCUCCUUCGGUCAUCACAUAA